GAGGGAGCGCCAGGCCCGGCCCGCCCGCUCCGCGCUCCGCUCCCGCCCCGGCCCCGGCCCCGGCCCCGGCCCCGGCAGGGCGGGCGGCGCUGCCGCCGAGCAUGGCGAGCCGCCGCCCGGCCCCGCGGCGGAGCGGUGGGGGGCGCUGACCCGGCUCCGACGGGCCCUCCGCUCCGUGAGACACCCCCCCCGCGUCCCGUGCUAUGAGCAUUCGGCGUGACUUCUCCGUGAGCAGUUGCAAAUGAAAAUGGAGGAUAUGUCUUUGUCUGGCCUGGAUAACAGCAAACUGGAGGCCAUCGCGCACGAGAUCUACACGGACCUGGUGGAGGAUGCCUGCCUGGGGCUCUGCUUCGAAGUCCACCGGGCGGUCAAGUGCGGCUACUUCUUCCUGGACGACACGGACCCCGACAGCAUGAAGGACUUUGAGAUCGUGGACCAGCCCGGCGUGGACAUCUUCGGGCAGGUCUACAACCAGUGGAAGAACAAGGAGUGCGUGUGCCCCAACUGCAGCCGCAGCAUCGCCGCCUCCCGCUUCGCCCCCCACCUGGAGAAGUGCCUGGGCAUGGGCCGCAACAGCAGCCGCAUCGCCAACCGCAGGAUUGCGAGCAGCAACAACAUGAACAAGUCGGAGAGCGACCAGGAGGACAACGACGACAUCAACGACAACGACUGGUCCUACGGCUCCGAGAAGAAAGCAAAGAAGAGGAAAUCGGAUAAGAACCCCAACUCGCCCCGCAGGUCCAAGUCCCUCAAACACAAAAAUGGCGAGAUCGGCGGGAACCCCGAUCCCUUCAAGUACAGCAACUCAGCGGGGAUCAACUACGAGACGCUGGGCCCCGAGGAGCUGCGGACGCUGCUGACCACGCAAUGUGGGGUCAUCUCUGAGCACACCAAGAAGAUGUGCACCAGGUCCCUGCGGUGUCCCCAGCACACUGAUGAGCAGCGGAGAUCGGUCCGGGUUUACCUCCUCGGUCCCUCCGCGUCCCUGCCCGAGGCGGAGGGCAGCGUGGAGAACGACAGCUUCGAGGUGGCGGAGAGCCAGGCCAUCAUGAGCCGGCUGCAGUGGGACGGCUCCUCCGACAUCUCGCCCUCCGACUCGGCCUCUUCGAAAGCCAGUACAAACAACUCGGAGUCCCGCAAGACCAAGAAGAAGAAGCCCCACUUGGGGCUGGUGAGCGGCGCCCCCGGGCUGGGCUCCAGCAAGAAGAAGAAGCCCAAACCCCCCGCGCCCCACACCCCCAGCAUCUACGACGACAUCAACUGAACGCAGCGGAGCUGAUGGGGCGGGGGGGGGACGGACAGAUGGACAGACAGGGGCUGGGGCAGCCCUUUUCCCCCCCCCCGCCGCCCCCUCCCUCCCCAUUCGGACACAAAAGCGGGUACUCGGGGCGCAGAGGAUGGAGGACUUGGCCAUCGCUGUAGGGGAGGGGGAAGCUGGAUUUGGGAGCCCCCAUUAGUGCCCCCUCUUUCUUUCCCCUACCCCCCCCCCCCGGCCCCCGGUGCCUCUAUUUAUUCUGUGACGUAGUUUUUGUACGUGGGGCUCCCAUCAGGGCUCUGAGGGGGUGUCUCACUCAGAGACAGGGGCACAACCCCCCCUUUCCCUUCGCACUGCCCACCCAAAAGCCAGCCGUGUCCCCCUGCCCCCCCCCCCCCCCCCCGGGCUUGCUCCUCCAGAGCACCCUUACCCCAGCGGGGGCGGAGGGGCACCUGGGCCCCCAGGGCAGGUCCGGACCCAGCUGAUGGGGGGCCAUAGAUCCCUCCUCCCCCAGAAAGUUGGGGUGAGCCCCGGGCCUGGGGCUGCUCCCCCUCUCCAUGCCCCGGGCCGGCGCUCGCUGGUCGGGCUGGCUCAGGAUGGGGGGGGGGUGAGCAUGCUGGGCAGGGGGGGCUUUCCCCUGCUCAGAGGACACAAGUAGAGACACCCCCCCACCCCCAAACCCGCUGUAACCAGCUGGAUUCGGCUGCUGGGAGGUGUUUGGAGCCCGGCCCUGCCUGCACAGGGCUUCUGGGGGCGGGGGUGUCUGCAUGCUGCAUCCUUCGUGUUUGGGGCUGUUUUGGGGGGGGGGGGGGUGGCUGUGGGGCUGUGUCCCCUGCUCAGGGUGGGGGGGGAGCAGCUGUGACCUUCCUUGCUUGCCAAACUGGGCUCUGUGUGGGGAGGGGGGACCCCAACCUGCUGGGAAAUGGGCUGUACCCCCCCCCCGCCCCCAUUACAGAGUGAACUGGGGGGUGGGGGGAAGGAAUGGGACACAACCCAGCUUCAAGGCAGAGCCCCCCCCCGACCCCUGCAGCCUCACAGCCCCAGCGCUGUGUCCCUAUCUGCCUGGGGACCUGCUGCUGUGCUUGGGGGGGCCUUUGGGACCCCUAACAGCUCCAGCUGGUGUUUGUACCCCCACAGGCUCUGGUCUUUGGCUGGGGGGGGGGGAGGCCAGGACCAGCACCCUGCUGUGCAGGCUUGAGGAGGAUGGGUCCCUCUGCCCGCCCCCCCCCCCGCCCCCGCCAUUUUUCCAUUGCAGGGGCUGUGUUGGGGAUGGGGUUUGCUCAGUUUCCCCCCACACACACUGUGCAUUCCCCCCCCCCCCAAGCUGUCUGACACCCCAAGUUUGGCUGUAUGUCCCAGGGUGGGGGGGGGGGGGGCUGCUCCUGUGUCCCUUGACCACCCCCCCCGCCCCCCCCCCCCCCGACAUGCCAUGGCAGCAUGGCCGGUCCUUUCGGUGGGUCUCACAAAUUAUGGUGCUCUCGACUCUGGAUUCACUAUUGUUUUAAAACUGCUGCUAAAGGCUAGUGCUGUGGCAGGGGCUUUUGCCUUGGGGGGGGGGUGGUGGGGUGUCCCCACAGAGCCCUGGGCACCCCAAAUCGCCGGGGGGGGGGGGGGCCCCCAGCUGUGUGGGGACCCCCAUGCUACCUCCCUGCUGCAGUCAGUGGUAGCUCCUGGCACAGCUUUGGGGGCUGGGGCAGGAGGGGGGGGGGGUUUGGGGGGGCCGGCCACUGGAGCACGCCAAGCUGGCCUUCGCGUGCCCUGGGGCCCAAGGACAGGGUGGGGGGGUGGUCCAGGUACCCAGAAACAUGGGGGACCACACCCUGGGGGCCCCCCUGCCUCCAACCGCCUGGGGAGGGCACGGUGACUGGAGGGGACAGCCUGAGCCCCUACAGCUGCAGGAGAGGGGCUGCAAUUUGGGGUCCAAGGGGCGUAACGGCGCUGGGGGUGGCCCCCCCCCCCCUCCAGGUCCAUGCCCUCACCCUCGCGGCAGAGACGGUGACCGCCCGGGGCUCUCCUGACCUUGAGACUUGUAUUUUUGCGCACGUACUCCAGCCCGUACGGGUAGUUGAGCCGUUGUAAGGUCUGUGUGUCCCAUUAGUGGGUUGUGGCUGCCCCUGUAAAUAAAACUGCAUCUUGACUUGGUA